GGGCUGCCGGGCCCGUCGGCGGCUGCUUAUUACAGGUUCCUAGUGCUUUUCUUCAACUGCCUCUUGACUUUUGGCUCUUAUUUCUGCUUUGAUAUUCCUAGUGUCCUUCAGGAGCAAUUUCAAGGGAACCUAACCUGCCCCAAUGGAACCCAGCAUAAUGGCACAUUGGCUUGUGUAGAAGGUCUGGGGAUGACUCCUGCAGAGUACAACCUGCUGUAUGCAAUUUAUGCCUGGACGAAUGCACUGGUGGUGAUUCUGGCUGGAUUCCUGAUUGAUAAACUGGGAAAUCGCUUUGGUGUCUUUUUUUUCUCUUUCUUGACUGUCUUGGGAUCGUGCAUAUUCGCUCUGGGCUCUCACUUCAAGGGAACUCCAUACCUUCUGCCACUGAUGCUGACGGGACGGUUGCUGUUUGGAUCUGGAAAUGGAUCACUUACCAUUGUGCAAAAUCGCAUCACUGCCUUCUGGUUCAAGGGGAAGGAACUAGCCUUGGCAUUUGGACUGACCCUCUCCUUCUCCCGGCUUGGGAGUGUCCUCAACUUCUUCUUCACCCAGCAGUUUGAAAUCCACUUUGGUAUCCAAUGGACUCUCUGGGGCGGUACCCUGCUGUGUAUCUUGGGUUUUAUUUCAGCCAUCACAGUCAGUGUGCUGGACAAAGUGGGCAUGAAGCAGCUUGGCUUGGAUGGGGUUAUCCAGCAAGAGUCCAAGAAAGUGCGUGUUCAGGAUGUCCGGCGACUGCCACUUCGCUACUGGCUCCUAGUCCUCACAAUCAUGUUCUUCUACAAUGGAGUCUUCCCUUUUGUGGCAGAUGCCAGCAAAUUUAUCCAGGAUAAGUCCGCUGGCUACAGCCAGCAGGAAGCCGCUUACGUUGCUGGGGCGGUGUAUGACAGCUCCCUUGUUCUUUCUGCAGCAGUUGGCAUAUUAAUUGAUUAUGUAGGACUGAGAGGUGUGUUUGCAGUUGGGUGUGCGGUGCUGACGCUGCCAGUGUUUGCUCUCCUGGCAUUUACGUUUGUUCCUCCGCUUGUCUCUACCGUCUGGCUGGGCAUCACUUACUCCUUUGCUGCUGCGAGUCUGUGGCCAUCCAUACCUCUUGUGGUUCCCCAGGCAACAUUAGGGACAGCUAUGGGGCUUGCAACCUCUGUGCAGAUGAUUGGAAUUGGCCUCUCCAAUCUGAUUGUUGGACACAUUCUGGGAACCAAGUCCAGUGAACUGAAGAUCCCACUCUGGCGCUGGCAGCAGAUGAUGGUCUUCAUGCUGGCAAACACCGUUGCAUGCAUUAUGGCCUCUGUCUGCCUCAACGUGGUGGAUAAGCAACAGGGUGGGACUCUGAACAGAUCAACAAAGCGCUCAUCUGCAGCAGAGGUCAGGCAGCCUGUGGACACAGCACCACUCCUGGAUGAAGUGGGAGAUGAAGGGUCCAUCAACUAGGAAGCAUAAGGAGAGCCGCUGGUGGAUCCUCCAGUGACAGUAUAGCGGUUCCUCUGAUGGUGUAAUUUGUUAAGAUUUUUUUUUACAAGGAUAACCUUGUAAAAACAAGCUAAUGUAUGAAGGAAAUUAUGCACAUGAAGGGAAAGUUGUUCGUUCCUGGUGUCUGGAACAAAUCUGCCAUAUGUGACAGUCACUGCUUGUGGUGCACUUUUUAAAAUGGAUAUUACAGUAUGUAGUUUAAACUCAAUCCAGCUGCUGUUUGUUCUUAGCAACUAUACACUAUCUUAUUCACUUAAUACAUUUAGCAUGAUGGAUCUCUGUAUGGUAUUUCACUAAUAUCACUGCACCUUCACAAAAAGCUCCUGCUGCAAGGGUGUGAAUAGGUUGAGUACCCUUCCAUUUCAGUGGUAACUGCUAUUGAUUGUCAGUGCCUUCUCAGAUUCAUUAUGUGCAAAAUAAGAGUGCCCCUGGGUCUUGCUUAUUUUAAAUUAGCAUGACUACUUAGCAAAAUAUGUAGUUCCACUAUUUUUUUAAAUUAACUCCAAGUUGCAAUAUUCAGAGUCAUGUUACACCUUUAACUGUUUUAUUGAAAAUAGUACAAACCCACCCUUAAUCUGCUCUUAAACAAGCAACUGUCAAAUGCACAGCGAUCCUUGACUAAAAUAAUCAAUUUUUACUGUGCAGUAUGUUAUUAAAUAGAACUGAAAGCAAACACUAAUUACUGCAGAGUAAACUUACUAAUGUAAGAACAUUAUUUGAUCUGAGGAAGUGGGUCUGGCCCAUGAAAGCUCAUCACCUAAAGACUAACAAGAUGGUUUAUUAAAGUGCUACAUAGUCCUGUUUAAUGUAAGAACAAAAAGUGCACUGAGUCCAAUCAAGUACCCUUUUCUCAUGUAAUUGUUACAGGGGAGACACCCUCUAGUAUAGCUAAUUUUGUUGCAUUGACAUCUGAACUAGGAUACAUUUUUAUGUAGCAAUUCCAUCCUGGCUUGUGUUAGUAUGUGUAAGCUCAUUUGAAGUUACUCUGGCUUAGGGGAAGGGUUGGACUUGAGGAACACAAGUGACUAAGGCAAGUGAAAGGCUUUUUAUAAAUGGAGAGGGAAAAGCUAUAACGUGGCUCCACUUCUAUCACCGAUUUUAACGGAAAAGUUUUGUUAAAAGCAUUUGCGGAAAAACAUGCCAGUGUAGACAUAGCCCAAGGCUCCACACUGCAGAGAUUUUUCCAGGAUACCAGAGAUAUCCCAUGUAGUAAGAUGAAGGCCUAAACCAUAAGCCCAUGUAGCAGAGGCCUGGCACAAACAGGACUGAGUAUGCAAAACACUAAUUGAUUCUAGGUACCGACUGCAGAACAAUCAUUGGUACCAGUCAUAAAUGGAAAGCACAUGUCACUAGCUCAUUUAAAAAAAAAAAAAAAAAA